AUGGCAAAGCAUCCGCAGAUAUUUGUGCUUUCGCAAGCUUUUCCCGACCUAACGGACUAUCUUUCGAAAGAAAUGCCUGACGUGGAUUUUGUCAAAAUCACGUCUCCUGGAGUACAAGGCGAGUGUCACGAAACCCAGUCAUUCGGGGAACUGUUGAAAACGAAGCUGACUUCAGAAGUGCUUGAAAAGCUGAAGACGGUCGAGUUCGUUGUGAUUGACGCGCAUUUUCUCGGGCAAGCCAUGUACGACUUGCCGAACUUGAAAUGGGCGCAUCUCACCUGGGCUGGUGUGGAGAAGUUAUUUACAUUCAUUGAUCACGCGAAGGAACCCCCGAAGUUCCCGAUCUGUCGCUACUCUGGCAAACAUUUCGGCCAGCAAAUGUCGGAGUACGCUGUGUGGGCAGUUGUCGGAUUUGAAAGAGGCUUAUUCCGGGCUGCAGAGCAUCAAAAACAGGGCAUCUGGGUCCGAGAUGGACGAAUGCAUCGUCAGCAGUUCAUUAGGAGAAUGACCUGUGGCAUUAUGGGUGUCGGGAUGAUCGGGUCGCAUGGUCACGAAACCCAGUCAUUCGGAGAACUGUUGAAAACGAAGCUGACUUCCGAAGUGCUUGAAAAGCUGAAGACGGUCGAGUUCGUUGUGAUUGACGCGCAUUUUCUCGGGCAAGCCAUGUACGACUUGCCGAACUUGAAAUGGGCGCAUCUCACCUGGGCUGGUGUGGAGAAGUUAUUUACAUUCAUUGAUCACGCGAAGGAACCCCCGAAGUUCCCGAUCUGUCGCUACUCUGGCAAACAUUUCGGCCAGCAAAUGUCGGAGUACGCUGUGUGGGCAGUUGUCGGAUUUGAAAGAGGCUUAUUCCGGGCUGCAGAACAUCAAAAACAGGGCAUCUGGGUCCGAGAUGGACGAAUGCAUCGUCAGCAGUUCAUUAGGAGAAUGACCUGUGGCAUUAUGGGAGUCGGGAUGAUCGGGUCGCAUGUUGCGCAAACCUUCAAGACCUUUGGCGGUGAUGUGAUUGGGCUCGGUUUACACGAGAAGACAAAAGAGGACAUUCCAUUUUUGAGAAAAUACUGGACUGUGGACAAGUUGGACGAGUUCCUAGCGGAAUGCGAUGUGAUUAUUUCCAUAUUGCCGGCGACGCAGCUGACUAUUGGAUUGCUCAACAACUCUCGACUGGAAGCGUGCAAAAAGCAGCCUUUGUUCAUAAACAUAGGACGCGGGAAUUUGAUAGCGGAUGCGGAGAUCAUUCGUGCCCUUGACAAUGGGUGGAUUCGCGGUGCUGUUUUGGACGUGUUUAUGCCAGAACCCUUGCCUGAAAGCAGUCCUUUGUGGAGGCAUGAGAACGUUCACAUAACUCCUCAUGUUGCCGGCGUGUCGAAAGAAGAGGACAUUGUGGAGCAAGUUUCCGAAAGCUUUUCAUCAAUGCUUGGCGGAGGGAAGCUGGAGGGCUUGAUCGAUUUUACUGAGGGUUAUUGAAGCUACUCAAAGGUUAUUUUUUGAUGUGGCACUUACGGGUACGGGUGCUAAAAGAGAAAUGUUACUAACCGGUGCGAAUUGAUACACUUUCACGGAAUGCAUUGUGGAACGUUAGUCUUCGGUAUAUUUUUUUGGGGCCUGAAUGAAUGAAUAUUGGUCGAGAAGAAUGGGGAUC